GACAACCUCCACACCUGUUGGCUUCCCCAGCUCCCAUGGCCGCCCCCCGUAAUCUCUGCUAUUUCCGACGCCCGACCGCUCACUCACACUCCCUAUAAAAACCCUCUCUUCCUCUCCCACCUCUCGUCAUCACUACUCGCUCACUCACAGCAAAAGCCAUAACCCAAUCUCGAUCUCCAUUUCCUUCCUUCACGUUCUCGUAAUACAGCCCACAGCUGCAAAGCAUAUGGACACCAAGAUCGGACCUGUCGACGCCUGCAAGCCCGCCUCCAACGACGUCGGCUGCCCCCCGGCCAACGGCUGCGUCUCCACCAUCCAGAGCGCCUGCCCUUCCCCUGCCACCGUCGCGAUGGGGGAGGCCACCCUCGGCCACCACCUGGCCAGGCGCCUCGUGGAGAUCGGGGUGGAGGACGUGUUCGCCGUCCCCGGGGACUUCAACCUCACCCUCCUCGACCAUCUCAUAGCCGAACCCGGGCUGAGGCUCGUCGGCUGCUGCAACGAGCUGAACGCUGGCUAUGCCGCCGACGGCUAUGCCAGGGCCCGCGGUGUCGGGGCCUGUGCGGUUACGUUCACCGUGGGCGGGCUCAGCCUCCUCAAUGCCAUCGCCGGUGCCUACAGCGAGAACCUCCCGCUCAUCUGCAUCGUUGGCGGGCCCAACUCCAACGACUUUGGGACCAACCGCAUCCUCCACCACACCAUCGGCCUGCCCGACUUCAGCCAGGAGCUCCGCUGCUUCCAGACCGUCACUUGCUAUCAGGCGGUGGUGAAUAACUUGGAAGACGCCCACGAACAGAUCGACACGGCCAUCUCGACGGCCCUGAAAGAGAGCAAGCCGGUCUAUAUCAGCAUUAGCUGUAACUUGGCGGCGAUCCCCCACCCGACCUUCAGUCACGAGCCCGUCCCCUUCUCUCUCUCGCCGAGAUUGAGCAAUAAGAUGGGCCUGGAAGCCGCUGUCGAGGCAGCUGCGGAGUUUCUGAACAAGGCCGUGAAGCCUGUCAUGGUUGGCGGCCCCAAGCUCCGGGUGUCCAAUGCAUCCGAUGCGUUCGUUAAACUUGCGGAUGCUAGUGGCUAUCCACUCGCCGUGAUGCCUUCGGCAAAAGGGCUUGUCCCGGAGCACCACCCUCACUUCGUUGGGACCUACUGGGGUGCAGUGAGCACAUCAUUCUGCGCGGAGAUUGUGGAGUCGGCCGAUGCGUAUCUCUUCGCAGGCCCCAUCUUCAAUGACUACAGCUCGGUCGGGUACUCGCUCCUCCUCAAGAAGGAGAAGGCCAUCAUCGUGCAGCCGGAUCGUGUUGUGAUUGGCAAUGGGCCUGCAUUCGGGUGUGUCCUCAUGAAGGACUUCCUGCGGGCCCUUGCUGAGCGGCUAAGGCGGAACAGCACUGCAUAUGAGAACUACCAUCGGAUCUUCGUCCCGGAAGGGCAUCUCCUCAAGUGCGCGCCCGAGGAGCCUCUGAGAGUGAACGUCCUGUUCCAUCACAUUCAGGACAUGCUCUCUAGUGAAACCGCCGUGAUUGCUGAGACGGGCGAUUCGUGGUUCAACUGCCAGAAGCUGAAGUUGCCCAGGGGAUGCGGGUAUGAGUUUCAAAUGCAAUAUGGAUCGAUCGGCUGGUCGGUUGGUGCUACUCUCGGAUAUGCACAGGCUGUACCGGAGAAACGAGUCAUUGCUUGCAUCGGAGACGGGAGUUUCCAGGUGACGGCCCAAGAUGUGUCGACUAUGCUGCGUUGCGGUCAGAAGAGCAUCAUCUUCCUCAUAAACAACGGGGGAUACACGAUUGAGGUAGAGAUCCAUGACGGGCCUUACAAUGUGAUUAAGAACUGGAACUACACAGGCUUGGUGGACGCAAUCGAUAACGGCUCGGGCAAGUCCUGGACGAUGAAGGUGCGGUGCGAGGAGGAACUCGUCGAGGCGAUUCAGACGGCUAUGGGCCCGAAGAAGGACUGCCUGUGCUUUAUCGAGGUGAUCGUCCACAAGGAUGACACGAGCAAAGAGCUGCUGGAGUGGGGGUCAAGAGUGUCCGCCGCGAACAGCCGCUCCCCGAAUCCUCAAUAGUUUUUUUACCAUGAUGUGCUAAAUUUGGCGAUGGCAGUCCUCUGUUAUCUCCGGAACAAUGGGAUCUGAGAAUUUCUAUUCUAUUAUAUUAUUGCUAUUUCAGCUGAGAGAGAGAAGAGUUUGUGUAUGGUUGACGAUUGAUCUGUGAUACAUAUGAUUGGAAAAUGCAUGGAUGAUAAUGCAAGUAAAUUACUUGUAUUUGUUUAAGUAAA